GUCCAGGCCUCGCUCUAUCAAGUCACGAGUGUCCAUGAAGCAAUUAAUCUUAGAUAUGAGUCGUAGCCUAUCAGAUAAAUGCCGUCCAGGCCCAUGAAAACGUCGCCACACGCUUUCGACAUGGUACAGGUAAACUGAAUGUUCGGCAAUACGGGGGGGGCAAUGCUAGCGGACUCAUCCCCUCCCCCCUAUUUCUAUAUUUGGUCUUUCAUAUAUUAUACGCUCCCACAAUUGACAGACCGCAAAAGAUUUGUUUUCUUCCCCUAGUCUCCGAGCACAGCAGAGUACGGUAUACCAGAGAAAGACUGCACUCAUCAAGAUGUAUUGGUCUACGAUCCUCGGUUUCUCGACGCUGGCGGGCGCCGUCCCGCAAUUCGGAGGCGGUGGUGGAGUUACCAUGCUUCGGUUUGGAUGCUCCCAGGUGGUCAUUGAUCGACUUGAUCCGCUUGUGAACCCCGGGUCGGUCCCUUCGUCACACGUCCAUCAGAUCGUGGGUGGAAACACGUUUAAUGCCAGCAUGACGACUGGUGAUGUCUCGAGCGCGGCGACGUGCACGACUUGUGCCUUCUCGGAAGAUUUUAGUAACUACUGGACAGCUAACCUUUACUUCAAGGCCCGCAACGGCACCUACAAACGUGUUCCCCAGGGUGGCUCUGCGUACCAAUUCAAUGAUAAUUUUAGCACUCAGACCGCAGGCGGAAUCCUCGUGUACUACGUCUCCGCGCAACCAGGGAAGAUUACUGCCUUCAAACCAGGCUUCCGUAUGCUUGUCGGAGAUGCCAUGGCACGCUCCCGCACAGGUACCAAGCUAAAGCGACAAAACUGCUACCGUUGCUAUACUGGACCUAACUUCGGCGGUGACUAUUCUGCUCCUUGCAUGGACGCAAAUAUCGACACUGAAUAUCUGCCAAAGAAGAAAUGUCCAGGUGGCAUUCGAUCUAAUAUCUUGUUCCCCACUUGCUGGGACGGCAAGAACCUCGACACCCCUAACCAUCAAGACCAUAUAACAUACCCAACAACAGGCCCCGCCGAUUUCUUGAGUCUGGGCGGAUCUUGCCCCUCGACGCACCCAAUCCGCAUCCCACAGUUGAUGUACGAGGUAGUCUGGAAGACCGACCUGUUUGCCAACGAGCAGUGGCCAACGGACGGGUCACAGCCGUUCUACCUCAGCACUGGAGAUAACACAGGCUACGGCCAGCACGGCGACUACGUAUUCGGAUGGAAAGGCAACGCGCUGCAGAAGGCCAUGGAUACAUCUGGCUGCAUGGGCGCGAAGUGCUCGACGCUUGCUAACCAGGCUAUUAAUAAUGCCAAGGCGUGCUCUAUCAAACCUGUUGUCCAGGAGAAUAACGACGGCUGGAUUACUGAGCUUCCCGGCAUGUCUAUGCAGCUGAUGUAAAGAAUAGGCUGGAACAUGGGGGAGGUAUGUGCCCUUAGACGAGUGGAAUAGAGAGGUUCGGGCACGACUAGAUUGUGAUAUGCGUGUGAUGGACUUUUCAAAAUGUCUAUAUUUCGUUAGUUUAAUCACCUUGCUAUACAUCGAAUUUUUGCCGAUGUGAUUUUUACCAAUGCUCGGUGUCUUCUACGAUAUGCCACAUAAAUAUAAUCUGGGUUGAUAGUUACUAUAGGUAGCUUAUGAUGGAGAUGACCGGUUGUAUCAUAAUUGUUGAUGAGUUAGUACUUAGCGCGAUGAUAUCAAUCUAGCGGAUAGACCGCAAUCGCGAGAGUAUGAAUCAACAUCCUUCGGAUAGGAUACGCGC